AUGGUUGAUACAAGGCGUACGAAGAGUAACGCCACCACGACGGGCCCAUCUUAUGGUUUCGUGGUGGAAACCUCAAUGCAACCGCACGGAAUCGUGGCUGCCAACGCCCUGCAGUCGUCCUCCAGUGCUUUGCAGCCGCAUUCAGCUGCAGGAAGGGCAGAACAGCCGCCACAUGACCCCGGGACCUCCACAGCCUUGCAGUUGCCGGUGCCGAUUACAGGAGCUACUCUGCCCCGCUGUCCUGCAGUCGUAGCACAGCAGCAGCCACACCACUCAACUACCGGAUUUGCUGCUCAGCCCCAUGGCUACUCCGACGUCAUCCCAGUCUUGGAGCAGAUCCAUUCUCUCCCUCCUCUACGAUCACACUCGACAUAUGCACCUGUGUACGCGUCUAAUGGAGCCCUAGCCCAUAUGCCGUUAGGCCCGAUGCACAACGCUCUACUUGACCCGCGCAGUCAGGUGGACCUUAACUCACGGGUUGAUCAACUCACACAGAAGGUCGAUGAUCAGAACAACCUGAUUGGCCAGCUGCUCAGGCAGAUCAACUUGAAUCAAGGCCCUAACCUUGGACCCCGUGACGAGGAGAUGAGGGCACACCAGCAUGUCGGCGAGCAGUUCGAGAGGUCCCAAGCUGGUCAGACAAGGGCAAAUCGACAGAGGAGAGAUCGAGAUCGAGUAGAUGAGACGCAGACAGCCGCGAGCCGUACUCUGAGCCUUUCGGGGCUAGAACCAAGGACCAAUAACACCCAAGGAGAUCGACCCUUGGGAACCGAGGAAAAAGUUAGCCGGUCGCGCUCGAGGCACCGAAGACGCCGGCCCGAGACUCCAGUCCUGCGAGCAGAGGACGUCGAGAAGCUAGUAAAUGACCGACUCCAAGCUCUUCAACUUAAAGGAAGCGCGGAGGAGGCCCUGCAUAAGGAAAUUGAUCGAGUUGACUGCUCGCCCUUUACCGACAAAGUGGAACGAGCUCCUCCACCAAAGCGGUUCAUAGCGCCAUCCAUCACUCCAUUCAAGGGGGACUCUGACCCUGAGAGCCAUUUGAGGCACUUCAAGAGCACCAUGAUCCUGUACAAGGCAGACGAUGCCCUGAUGUGCAAAGUGUUCGCGAUGACCCUGCGAGGAGCAGCUCAAGACUGGUUCCACACUCUACCGUCCGCGUCGAUAGGAAACUUCAAGGAGUUGGCCUUCAUCUUCACAAAGGAGUACACCUCCUACAAGACGGUCAGAAAGCAUGCAGACCAUCUGUUCAACCUGCGCAAGAAGCCAGACGAGUCUCUACGAGACUACCUGAGACGGUUUAAGGCUGAAAAGGCUAACAUCAUAGGAUGCAAUGACCAAGUUGCAUCCUCAGCUUUCAAGAAUGGCUUGCCAACCGAGCACGAGCUAUACCGGGAACUGGCCAUAACACUAAGUCAAACCUUGGCAGAAGUGUUCGCGACGGCAGAACGCUACGCACUUUGGGACGAUGAUCGAAUCGCUGCAAAGAAAGCCAACAAGCAAGUUGAUCACCCGACGAAGCAGGCAAGCCAAAAGAGCAACCAGUUCGAGCAAAAAGCCCGAGAUAAGCGCAGAUCGCGGCCCCGAGAGGGAAGCUCAAAAAUUGGGACCUUCACUGAGUUCACUAUCCCAAUUCAUCAGAUCCUGGCUCAAGUAAAGGACAAGCAGUGGGUGAGGAGACCGCCACCCAUGAAAGGAGACCCCUCUAAGAGGGACACCAGUAAAUACUGCGCAUUCCACGGAGAGCACGGUCAUUACACCAACAAUUGCAAUGCUUGGAAAAGGCAUCUUAAAGAGCUGGUCAGAGAAGGUCAUUGCACAGAAUUCGUCGCAAAGAAGGCCAUCCAACAGAUCGAGGAUCGUGAUGCGGCUGCCAAGGAACCUCCCCAAAAGGUCAUUCGAAUCAACACCAUUCUAGCUGACUCUCAGGAGUCCGGGCUGACCACCAAGGAGCGCAAGAGGAAGAUCGCGCAUGCGACUUAUGUCUCCCAAGUCACAACAGGAGUACCAGUUAUCGUGGAUGCACCCAUCAUUGGUUUCCAGAAGAAAGACUUGAUCGGGCUUGACCUGCCUCAUAAUGACGCCCUAGUCAUCUGCAUUCAAAUUGAACAAGCUGUGAUCGAGCGAGUUCAUGUGGAUGAGGGCAGCGCAGCCAACAUCCUGCAACUAUCUGUCAUCCAACAGAUGGGAUUGGAGCCCAAGAUUAGCAAACUAGCCAGGUCGCUCACUGGCUUCAAUGGGGCCACAUCAAUCACUGUUGGACUGAUCGACCUUGACAUCCACUCACCCCCAGUAGUCUGCUCGCAAACCUUCAUGGUCAUCGACGAGAUCUCCCCGUACAACGGAAUCUUGGGCCGACCGUGGAUCAGCAAGAUCGAGGCCAUCACAUCUGCUCUACACCAGAAGAUUCGCUACCCCAUCCCUGGAGGCGGAAUCGGGCAGAUCAAUAGUGACCAAGCCAUGGCAAGAAGAUGCACAGCUCACGGACUCAAGAAGAGCAAGCAGUUGCAGUUCACACCAGUAAUGCAAGCUGCCAACGAGGCACGAAGCGCUCCCAGCAGACAAGCCAGCUCGAACGAGAAGGGAGCUGUUACCCCACAAUAG